UGGUGAGCAAAGGAAUAUAUAUCAUCCUUCCUUCAGUUUUUGUGAUUCUUUCUGUCUUUGUCUCACCUUCUCCUUCCUUUCUUUAACGAUUACAAUUCAAAGUUCUCUCAAUCGUUGCGUGUGUCAAAUGGUCAGAACAGCAAUUUUGCAUUUAAUCGAGUGGAAACAGGCUUCUGUUCACAGGAGAGGAAAGCACUGUACCCAGGAGAUGCUGGAAUCUUGGUUAAUUACAAACAAGACAGCUUUGCUUUCAUUGGUUAAUGGGUGUAAUCGUGCUUUUAACUAACCAAUGAAGCUAAAGGGUGGAGAUUCUGUGUUUGUCUGCAAACCAGCUUUGAGUGGAAUGAUGUCUGUGUGGAAGCUUUGUAGGAAUUCUGAUGUCAAUGCAAAGUAGAUUUAUCUCUCACUUCAUAUAACGUGGAUGAUAAGCAGUGGAUUGAACAUGGAACCUGUUUUCUGUGAGAACUGCAUAAAGAUUGACAGCAGCCUGUAUUUCUACCAGAUCAUUGACGGCAGAAAUUUAUUGCUCAUUGUCCUGUUUGCAAAGGUCAUCCUCAACUUUCUCAUCUUGAGCACAAAGCGAAGCAUACUCCCGAGUUUAAUUGGCUAUUUCUGCAUCUCCCUAUCAUUGAUGGAUCUUGCACUAUUUGUGAAUGUGUUAAUAGUUUCAUGUUUUAAGACAUGUACAGUGCUUGGAACUCAAAUUGGAAACCAUCAUGUUUGCCUGCUUCUACAGAUUUUCUCAUCGAUGUACAGUGUCCUGCAUUUUCCCAUCUUCUUCCUGUCUGGUCUUGAUUUUUAUCUAAACCUACCUCAUCUUGACAAACCCAUAAGCACGUCCCAGAAAAUCCUAUAUAUUUUCAAUAUCACGCUACUAUGGUUUGGAGCCAUUGUCUAUGUAUUUGAUAUGCACAGUCUCCAUCCAUCACUAAAAGCUGUCUUGUACUACUAUUUGUACCAAUGCGAUGUCACCAUCAGCGUUCAGAGCCACUUUCUCUCCAUUCUGAUACUUCUGACAGUGAUUCUUGUGACUAUUUAUUGUUGGUCUGGUUUGAGAUCCCUUGUCAGAUCUCUGAAGGUCAUUUCCUAUGUGGAAGAGGUUGUGGUGAUAUGUUCACACUCCAACGCGUGGCUGCAGUCCCAUUCAGCCAAGAAACAACUCCUGACCAAUAUUACCAUGUGCUUUCUCUUGACCUGGAGCCCAUUUAUUCUCCUUCAGCUGACCGUUGUUUUGAUCUGGGCUCCCCUGCCUGCCUACAUGGAUUUGAAUGUUCCUUGGCUUUGCUUCAUGAACAGCUUCCUCAUUGGAGCCAUGUACUGGCUGAGGUAUGGUGAGAUCUCUCAGGAUAUCAUUUCCUUAUUUCCUGACGGGUUCUGCCAGUGGAAAUUUUGCCAUGUCCAGCAAGUUUUCACUGCUGAUGACGAAGGAUGGAUCCCAGCGAAAGAGGACAAUGAAUCAAAAAUUCUAAUUGCCUGAAGGAACAUCCUGAAAGCACUAGUGUAUUUUUCAGUCUGGUAGCAAUAUUGAUUCAUCUUGUUUCUUAAUCUUUGAUAAGAACAUUAAUGAUCACUGAUAUAGAUGAUUUGAGAUUUAUGCAAGAGUGGAAUUAUUAAAUGGGAUUUUUAAAAAUUGUGUUCUCCUGCACACACUUAUCUCUUGAAAUUUCUUGAGUGUGAUCCUUCUAACUGUAACUCUCAAACUUGUCACUUAUUUCAGAUAUAUUUUGGCUUCACAUUUAUGAAGCAAUUUCUGCAGGGAUAAUGGUCAUAAACUUUCAAAUUAAGUUUUAAUGAUUUGCAAAAGACAUUAAGAUUACUUUCUUAGGGCAUUUGGUGAUCAAACCAUCUCUAUUGUCUAUUCACAGAGCUACUUAGCUUUGCCUACAACUGACAUGUAACUAUGAAAUGUGUAGUACAGGCAAAAAAGUCAAGUAUUUCUGUGGUUGGUGUUUAGUGUAAAGAAAUUGAGGGUGACAAUGAUGAUGAAUAAAAUAGUUUGUGCUUUCCA